GACAAUCGCAUGGUACAGGCGGGAACGCAGACGCGCACCAACGGGCUCACAAGGCCUGGAGACCCGAUCACGUCCACUGGCCUCCUGUUGCGCGAUGCGUCUCAGAGACCCAACGCACGCUCCGCGACGUUCGAGGCUUUCGUUGAGUCUGUCAACCGCCAUCUUCAGUGCCGCCGCGCAAGGCACGUCAAUCCCGCCGACCCAGCGGUAGACCGUGAUCGGAGAGAGGUGGUGAAGCUCAUGAAGGACAUCCGGAUGGAGCAGGUCGAUCUCACGGUGGCGCAAUGGACUCCUGUCCCGCACCUCGCGCUGGACGCGAAUGACACCCCCG